GGGGUGGGGUUUGGGUAGAUGGUAAAGGGGAGGGAGGGUAAGGGGAUAUAGAGACCCUUCUGUCGAGUAGAGACACUUAAGUGACAGGACAUCAGAUGAGCUUUGCUGGUAAUAGGUGAAGGAGUGAACUUUGAGAUGAAUGGACAAAAGUAUAGCUUGGUAGCACCUCUGGUAACUCAGGUGCCAUGGCCUUGAUUGAAGGGGUAGGUGAUGAGGUGACUGUCCUUUUUUCGGUGCUUGCCUGCCUUCUGGUGCUGGCCGUUGCCUGGGUCUCAACACAUACCACCGAGAAUACAGACCCCCUGCCACAGACGUCAGGGACCACAGCACCAGCACAGCCCAGUGAAGCCAUGGCAGCCACAGACAGCAUCAGAGAGGAGGCCCCAGGGGCUGAGAGCCCCAGCCUGAGACACAGAGGUCCAUCUGCACAGCCAGAGCCGGACACAGGGGUCACAGCAACUACUCCACCUGCAGACUCCCUACAGGAACCCCUAGUGCUACGGUUGAAAUUUCUCAAUGACUCUGAGCAGGUGGCUAGGGCCUGGCCUCAGGAUACCAUUGGCUCCCUGAAAAGGACCCAGUUUCCCGGCCGGGAACAGCAGGUUCGACUCAUCUACCAAGGUCAACUUCUAGGAGACGACACCCAGACACUGGGCAGCCUCCACCUACCCCCCAACUGCGUUCUCCACUGCCACGUGUCCACGAGAGCCGGUCCCCCACAUCCCCCCUGCCCACCGGGGUCGGAGCCCGGCCCCUCCGGGCUGGAAAUCGGCAGCCUUCUGCUGCCCCUGCUGCUUCUGCUGCUGCUCCUGCUCUGGUACUGCCAGAUCCAGUACCGACCCUUCUUUCCCCUGACAGCCACCCUGGGCCUGGCCGGCUUCACCCUGCUCCUCAGCCUCCUGGCCUUUGCCAUGUAUCGCCCGUAGUGCCUCCGCGGGCUGCUGGCAGUGCAGCCAGCCCCUCUGGACCUCAGUCCCCAAGGCGCAAAGGGGGCUGCUGUCUGCCCAGGCCCUCCUCACCCGCGGCCUGCCUUUUCCCGCUGCCCUGGAGCCCAGCCUUGCGUCGCAGAGGACUCCAGGGGUCAGCGGAGGCUUCUCCCUGUCAUCUUCACAGCUCUGGGCUGUCUCCUGGGGCUGCUGGCACGCAGCCUUCGCAGACAGCGGGGUCUUCUGGAUCAGGCCCUUGCUGUCGCUGCCUUGGCCCUGCGCAGAGCCGGGCCAACCCCCUGGGCCCGUCCUAGCGUGCUGCUGCCGGGGGGGGGGGAACCCAGGAGCGUCCCGGUGCCAAGGGCUGCCUGGCCGCGUCGGGGCCGGUGGCCUGGGAGACACACCGGGGAAGAGAGCCGAAAGGGGCGGGCUUGUUUUCUGCAAUUUGCGCCGAUUAAAGGAACUGUGAAGUUUUCA